AUGUCUUCCGUUGUUGGAAGGGGUGAUUCAAUCUACAUUGCCGCACAAUCUCUCGGUGACAAAAAGAUCAAAGUCAGCUGGAGCCAGAAUCUCGGCCAAAAGUCAGCAGACUACUAUGCGGCUAAAUACACCGUCAAGAAUGGAGGUGGUGCAGAAGGUGUUAUUUUCAUUCAAGUCAGCAAGCUUGACGAAUUAAAGGCCAAGAAGACGUCAGGAGACGACCUUACCGUGACUAUCGACGACAGCUUCCAGUACGGACAAAACAAAGAGAAAGACAAGCGUUUCCUGGUGUUCCACGACAAGAACAACAAGUUGUAUCAGCAUCGCCUCUUGGAGAACUUGGUUUCCCAACGUGACAGUAAAACGUCUGAUUUACUUGCAAUCAUAGGCUACAGGAAUGUGUCUCCAGAAGACAUCCACAGGUAUUUCAUGGGUGACUAUCUGAAAGGCUUUUAG